AAGAUUUACAAGAAUGUUUAGGAAGUUUUGGAUAAAUUCGACUAGAAUGGCUCAAUAUGGAUAAUAUGUCCAUACAUAGACAUUCAUCAAAUAGUAUGAGAAAUUUUUAUUAAGAAAAAGUUUUUAAAUUGAAAGUUUCUUUUAAAUUAGUUACGACCGGUAUUGCUUAUGCUAUUUAUGAAAAUGAAGAAUUCAUUCAUCAUAUUUUACAUAUAUGUUCAACAAAAACUGAUCGAUCAUUAGAUGAUGGUCGAUGUGAAUAUUAUCUUGAUGUUGAUAGUCAACAAACAAUUUCACGAAGAAAAAGCAUAGAAAAAUAUUUUCUUUAUCUAAAUUCGAAUUAUUCCGUAGAAGAUUCACAAUGGUUAUCUGAAAGUGAUAGCUAUGAAAGUUGGGAACAACGACUUGGUUCUACUGAACAUAUUAGUCGAACAGUAUUUGUGGGUGCUUUACAUGGCAUGAUGACUGCUUAUGCGUUGGCUCGAAUAUGCCAACAAUUAUUCGGAGAUGUAGAAUAUGCAGCUAUUAAUACUGAUAGAAAUAAAUAUCCUAUUAGUAAAUAUAUUUUGUAUAGUCUGAAGUAG